AUUCUAGACUUAAUUUGAACAUUCAAUCUACUCUCGAAAAGGUUCUUGAAGAACAGCUAAAACAGCUAAAACAGCGCAUAUCAUUAGAUAAUUUAAAGAAAAGCAACGAAGAAUUAAAACAUGAAGUUCUUGAAAAUCAAAAACUCUUACAGAAUAUUCUUACAACCUUAACAUCAGGAUCAGCUAUGACUCCAAUGAUGAAAGCUUACCAUAAACUGUUUCAAAUAAACAAAAAUCCAUCAGAUGCAGAAGUUAAACAUGCUUUUAAAUUACAAAUUCAAUUUACUAAUCCUACAGAGGUUGUACAGUGGAAAAAGUUGGAAAAAGUCACAAAAGCAAAAUGUGAUCUUUGGAAGAAAGUAGAUGAUAAUGACCCAAACUCACCAUGUAUUAUUGAAAUUAUAUUACAAAGAGCAUUUAGUAAAGAAGAAUUACAAAACGAAAACAACAUCAAGUUUG